GUGCCUAACUUCAUAUUAAUUGUGGUGCACUUAAAAUUCCGUAAUUUAUUUAUUAAAAUUAAAAAUAAGCGGUAAUUGAAACUAAAAGCUUUACACAACGUUUAUAAAAUGGAUGAGCAGGUUCCAACCUGUUCAGAUUCAACUUUAAAUGUAUCCGAAUCGAAAGAUGAAACCGAUCAAAAUGUACAACAUAACCUAGAUAAUGCAUCUCAUGAAAUGGAUAUAGAUAGUGAAAAGAAUAUUGAAGAAAACUCUGAGAAUAUAAAUGAAUUAGAUAAAGAGUGUUUGGAAGAGGUAAAAGAUGAGACAAAAACUGAAUUUGUAACAAUGGAUAAAAAUGAUAUUGAAAAAAAUGAGAUUGUUGUUGAAGAACAAGAUCCGAUUGCAGGGGCGGAAGCUAAAAUUGAAGGUGAUGAGGAGUGUAUUUUACCGGAUGAAGAAGGGAAUGAAGAGGAUGAUGACGAUGAGAAAUAUAUUGUAACAAAAAUUAAUGAAGAAGAUUACAAGGAAUGUAUGGAAUGUAAUAAAAAAGAAGUUCCAAAAUAUUCUUGUACAAUAAGCGAGAAAAAACGUUACAUUUGCAAUGAAAACUGUUUAAAAGUUUUAAAAGAGAAAAAAGCUGGGAAAUUAAUAAUUCGUGAUUUACGAGUACGAACAUUCGCUGUCGUUUCUGAUGAAUCAGGUAAAGAAAACGAUAAUAAUUGCACUUUUUGUAACAAACCAAUCUCAACAAUUUUAUAUUUUAAUUAUAACUGCAUGAAUUUUUGUACGAAGGAUUGUCUUGGAGAUUUUCAGCGUCAAUUGGGCUCGAAUUGUUAUCAAUGCAAAUUAGAAGUCCCCGAAACGUUAUUAGGAAAGUAUUGCGUUCGUUUUGGAACUGAAAUAAAACAAUUUUGCAAAAAUAGCUGUUUAUGGGAGCACAAAAGGGGCCAAAUGUUUUGUACAGUUUGCCAAGCGAUCGUAUCAGACAAUACAUUCCAUGGAUUAUGCUCAUUACUUUGCAAUAACGUCUCAAAAGGCGUCAAAGAAAAAGCGAUUUGCGCAGUUUGCAAAGUGCAAAAAAAUGAGAACGUUGUUUAUGAUAAUAAUGGUCGAAUUUAUCGAUUUUGCGGCGACCCUUGCUUCUUAGCUUACAAAUAUGUCAAUAAUGUUUGUCCAAUUCAAUGCGAAUUUUGUAAAAAGUGUUUUAAUUUUGAUAAAUUAGAUUAUUCGUUUUGGUUUUUGGACAAGAAGCAUGAUUUGUGCUCUGAGGAUUGCAAAAAAUUGUUUAUUGCAACUAAUAGGAAAAUAGUUCAUUGUAAAACUUGUAAUGUUAAAAAAUAUGAUUUUGAUAUGAUUACUGUAAUAUUUUCUGGGGAGAAUUUCACGAUUUGUUCGUUAAAUUGCUAUGAAAUUAAGAUAUCAUCAAAAAUUGGGGCAGAAAUGCAGUGUGAUCAUUGCAAAUUAAAUUGCCACCCACAAUUCCAUAUCAGAACGAUUGAUAAUGUUAUCCACAACUUUUGUUCUGCGCUAUGUUUAAGGCGGUUCAAAGAUAAUUUAAAUACUCAACCUGAGAUUGAGUUAAAUAAAGUAAAACAAAUCGUUGUAAUUAAACCCCACCCUAUUCCAAUACAAAGAAAUGUUGCAACUAUGUGCAAACCCAACUUAGUUACAAAAGCGAUUAGUUGCCGCGUAAAAGAAUCGAAUAAAAGCACUCAAACGGACUGCUCAUCCAACAAAAUAAUCGUCCCAAUCCCCGUUCCGAUUUAUGUCCCAACCCCUUUACCCAUGUUUUCUUUCCCAGUUCCUUGCCCGUUUCCUCUCCCCAUCCCAAUCCCCGUCCCAAUUUUUAUCCCAACAACGCGAAACUCCUUCAAAGGCAUCCAAAAAGAAAUUAACCGAAUCAAAAAUAAAACUCCAGCGAAUCCCCUCGAAGCCGAACUAUUAAUGAUGGCCGAAAUAGUCGCCGAUGAAAAGCAAGCUCCCACCGACUCAGAAAGCGACGGGGAAAUAAUCGGAGAACCAAAAACCGAGGAUGUCCAAGAAGACGAAGAGGUCCAAGGGAAUUUCGGCGAAGACGUCAUUCAAAUGGCACUAAAAAUGGCGUCCGAUUUCGAUGAGAGCGACGAUUUAGAAGCUUCGCAAUCCCAAACUGAUGACGAUUCCCAAAGGAUUGAUUCAAUCGUCGAUAAUAAAGCGAGAAAUAAGAGCAAAAAAAAAUCGAGCGAGGAUAAACCCGACGCUAAUAUGUGCCUAAAAUAUACUUUUGGGGUUAACGCUUGGAAGCAAUGGGUUAAUAUAAAAAAUAACGAACACAAAUCGAAAAAAAAAUUUAAAACCGAAAUUUUACACACAACCUCAGACGAAUUAAAUUAUUGUUUGUGUUUAUUCGUGAAAGAAGUCCGUAAACCAAACGGCUCCGAAUACGCCCCCGAUACAAUUUAUUACCUAUGUUUAGGAAUACAACAAUAUCUCUAUGAAAAUGGGAGAAUCGACAACAUUUUUUGCGACUCAUUUUACGAGAAAUUCACCGAUUGUCUCCAAGAAGUUUGCCAAAAAUUUUCCCUCCUCUACAACGAGUCUCAAUACAUAGUAACAAGAGUUGAGGAAGAACACUUAUGGGAAUGCAAACAAUUAGGGGCCCACUCCCCUUUAGUUCUAUUAAACACAUUAAUGUUUUUUAACACUAAACAUUUCGGUUUAACCACCGUCGAGGAACACUUCCAACUAAGUUUUUCCCACAUAAUGAAGCAUUGGAAAAGACAUCCGAGUCAACCGGGAUCAAGAAACGUUUUAUUAAGAUUUUAUCCCCCUCAAAACGCGGAUAAACCGCGUAAACGAAAGGUUUACGAGCAACAAGAAAACGAACAGAACCCGAUUCGAUGUCCGGUUAAGUUGUACGAAUUUUAUCUGUCAAAGUGCCCGGAAAGUGUUAAAACAAGAAACGACGUUUUUUAUUUACAACCGGAGAGGUCGUGCGUCCCCGAUAGCCCCGUUUGGUAUUCAACGAUGCCGAUGAAUAAAGAACCUUUGGAGAAAAUGUUGGGGAGAGUCAAAAUGGUUAAAGAAAUUAAUGUCGCUAUUUUAACUUGUUAGAUUUUGAUUUAUUAAUGAAAGUUAUAAUAAUUAAUUUUUUAAAUUAA